UCGUCGUCUCGGGCUCUCGUGGUGCAUUCGGGGUCGUAGGAUUUGCCCAGACGCUCGCGGUCGAUGAGCAGCCAUGGCCGAAUCGAAAAAAGAGCUUCUUGUGACGAGCUCACGAGCCCACGGAGCCUGUCUCCUCGAUGGUCACGUCACCGAGCAAUUGCCCAAAGGGCUUCAACCCACAUGUCCCUUCUGAUUGCACCGCUUUCGGCAUACGUACGUCGCUCAAAGUGCAAAUUCUGCGCGUUCGCGGCGGUCUGAGAAUCUGCGUGCGUAAUUUGCACCUGUAUGCACGAGGUUCUGCUCAUCUGAAUUGGGGAAUCAGAUUUUCUUCUAUUCCAAGGGCAAUUUUAUUGCAAACGCACAACCCAGUGGCGCAGUUGAAACAAAUUAACAGGGUUGAAUUGUGCAUACUUUCAAGGCGGCAACUUACGCGCAGUUUCUGGAGCUUGCCAUUCUGCGAUAAAUUCAGGUGUGGGGAGCUUUGGAGUAAACAACGCUCUUGUAUAAAAAUGGAAGGUGUUGGUAAUGCUUCGAGCAACACUAGUCGUGCGGGUUCUUCAGGAGUCGAGCAAAGAUUCACUAGGCAUUACAAUUUUGAGACAAUUGUGUUGGAACCUAAGGGAGAGCACCUAGCGACAAUUGUGUGGCUUCAUGGCUUUAGUGAUUCUGGUGCCAGAUGGGCUAAGGAGUUGAAGAACAUGGAAGGGUUAUCUCCAAAUAUCAAAUGGAUUAUACCAACAGCACCACUUGCACGAGACAUUCCAGUCACAGCUUGGUUUGAACUCAGAUAUGGCCAAGAUGUAGAUAUGGAAGGAUUAAAUCGAUCGGCGGAAACUGUAGCCAACCUUCUUCGAAAUGAGAAGACAGAAGACAGAGGUUCAAAGAACGUGAAACUAGCAGUUGGUGGAUUCAGUCAAGGUUGUGCUACAGCGCUCUACAUUACUGCGUGCUCUGUUCUUGGCAAGUAUGGAGGCACUGGGAAGCCCUUUCCUGUCAAGUUGGACGCUGCAAUUGGUCUUAGCGGAUGGAUGCCUACCACCAAAGAUUUUGUAUCUCGAAUGGCUGGUAAUCGGGAUGCAUCUGAGCGGGCGGGGAAGACUUCCAUUUUUAUAGGCCAUUGCGAUGACGAUGGAGUGGUGCCGGCGCGUUCAGCUAAAACAUCAUCUGAUGCUUUUCGAGGGGUCGGCUUCAACGAUGUCACUCUCAAGACUUAUGUCAAUGGUGGACACUCAGCUACAAACGAAGAGAUUGCUGAUAUUCAAGAAUGGAUUACUACUAAAUUAGGUUUAGAAAAAUCACGGAUUCCAGCCCAAUAGGAUUCAAAACCCUGUACGAAACUACUGGGUCCCUGUAUAACUAUUUCGAAGUUAACAAUGUGCUUAGAUUUUCGUGGAAGUAGAGCAUGAUGAGAUCACUUCCCCAAUUUCAAGGCUAUUCAUGUUAUCAUUGUAUUACUAUGACAGAUGGAAAAUAUUAUCAUUGUACUACUAUGACAGAUGGAAAGUGGUUUCAAUACUAUUUCUGAUACA